GCAAAGUCGCGGUCCCACGUGGCAGGCAUUGUGCUUUUUUCUCGCUUCGAUAGCUAAUUUCGUCGUCACCCGUCAGACCGACACGGAGGUAGGAGAGGAGGGACGAGGGAGGGGAAAAGAGAGAUGGUGGAGGCAUCGCCGGAGUCCGGCGCCGCGGCGACCGGAGGUGCCUCUAGUACGGCGGCGGUGCGGAAGGGGAAGUCAUGCAAGGGCUGCCUCUACUACUCGUCAGUGCUCAAGUCCCGCGGUUACAACCCAAUCUGCGUUGGGAUCCCCCGCUCCAUCCCCCAAGUUCCUAACUACGUGGUGGAUGAACCUAAGGAGGAGGCGACGGCGCAGGGGCAUGACCUCAGGCGGUUCAGGUACGGGUGCGCGGGUUACUCCAUGUUCGUGGACAACAGGGACGGCCAGGGUGGUGAGAGCGAGGGCAAGACGUUGUUGCCAUAUUGCAGGGGCCUCGAGUUAUUGGUGGACAGCAGAUUGGUCGAGAGAAAGCCAUCGGCAACUGAACAAGCUCCAGCACAUGUUGCAAAGGAUGCAGCAGCUACCAUCCGCUCUCACCAACAAGGACAACAGAGACCUCAGAACUUGUCGAGGCAGGAAUUCUUGGACAGGUUUAAGAGGAGCGCUGGACUGGUCGCUUCAGGUGUUGCGAAGAAUCUAAACAAAACAGCCAAUUAUAUCAAAGAAAAUAUUCAGGACAUGUACACCGAUCGUCGUCCACCAAAGUAGCAACCAUGCCGAGUGAUUGUCGUCAAGAGCUGAAGAAAUCGCUUGCUACUGGAAACUUUACAUCAGGACUACCUGGAAACUUUACUCCACUCUCCUCACUUGUUAAACGAAAUGGAGCUUUUCUGGGAUACCAACUUCCUUUUCUUUACCUGCAUAAUCUUGUAAUUUUGCGGCUGUAUAUGUACAUGCAAACAACUUCUUUGAAGCGAAAAAUCAGAUCUCGUUUGGUGUAUUGAUCAA